AUGGGAGAUGUGUUGGCGUGGCUGCUCUUCAUCUGCAUACUCAUUGCUCUUGUUUUUAUGACCGUUUUACAGCUUAUGCGCUUGGUGGAUUUAGAGUGUGAUAUUAUCAAUCCUUACGACUCGGCCUCUGGAAUAAACAAAGUAGUUUUGCCGGAAUUCAUCACUCAAGGAGUUCUAUGUUUCCUCUUCCUAGUAACCGGACAUUGGUUUAUGUCACUUCUAUGCGUUCCUUACCUGUACUACAACGUCAGAUUGUAUCUUGGAAGACAGCACCUAGUUGAUGUGACCGAGAUCUUUAACCAGCUCAAUUGGGAAAAAAAGCAAAGAAUUUUCAAGAUAGUGUACAACGUGUUUCUUUUGGUCAUGAGCAUGUUCUGGAUGAUUUACAGCGUUCUCGAAGAUGACGUGUAG